AUGGGCCUCUUCCACUCUAUUCUUGAUUGGGGCUUUGGCAGAUUGGAGAAGAAGCCAACUCCUUCUACUUCCUCCCGGUCCGCUGAAUCUAUUGUUACCGGAAUCCUGAACGCCAGGAAUCGUACUCUGCUUAACGAGAAGCAGAUCAAGGAAAUCGCCACCAAUUGCUGGUCCGAAGCCAUCGCCAAGGGGCUAUUCUUCGCGGUCUAG